CAUAGCUUUAAGAGACAGGUAGAAAUAGUGUAUGACUUUAGUGCUACUUCUGAUAAACGUGCUUAUCUUUCACCCUUAGGACCAAAACAAUCAGUAGUGAAUGAUGGCGCACCGGAAGUGACGAAACGCUUAAGCGUUGCCUGGCGCGAGCAGAGAGGACGUUAUUGCUUGUUUUUUAUUUUCCCCCUUGAACAUUAUGCAGCUGCCAUGUCCGUGACGUUCAAGUCAGAGGCUGAACCGAUAGAUAUAAGCAGCGCUGCUCAGCAUAAGGUUGAAGGAAAGAGGCUGAAAAAGCCUCUGAAUCCCCUGGUGAACCCCCUGAUGCUGGCGCCACAGCUGCUCACUGGGCUGGGGCAGUACGUCUGCAGCAUGUGUGGCGAAACAUUUGGGUCUCUGGCGCAGUUGGCCAGACACGUGCAGUUCCACGAUCGUGACCGUCCGUUUCCGUGCGCUGUAUGUGGCAAGCGUUUCCUGAGCCGUAGCCACCACGACGAGCACCAGCGAGUGCACACGGGCGAGCGGCCGUUCCCAUGCGACCGCUGCGAGCGCUCCUUCACCACCCACCACAACCGCAAGCGCCACCAGCUGAUCCAUGACAAAGAGGAGGCGUACCGCUGCACCGUGUGUGGCGUGCUGUUCUGCCAAGACCACCAGCUCGGCAACCUCAGCGGGAUCAUCCGUGUGCUGAAGCAGCACGAAAGCGCGAAAACACGGCGCAAUGUACGUCUCAAAAAUAAGAUCAAGAUUGAACCAGGUUCUACCAACGAACAGGAGGAAAACAUCAAGAAAAAGCAGAAGCAGCAGCAUUACCCUUUUGAAGACUAUUCCCAUUUUCCUCAGGAAGAAGAUGGGAAAACGUCAUUCCAUGCUGGUGUUCCGCAGGUUCCUAAGAAAGAGGCACAUGUUCCUGAAGCACUGCACAGAGCAAGUCUAAAGAUAAAAAAGAUUGCCUAUGACAUGGAGGUUAUACUGUAAGCUGCCGGUUACUAACUUUAAGCUCUGUCCAGCAUAUCGUAGUGUUAUCCAUGCUGUCAACACCUGAUUAAAGCUGAACUGAGCAUGUCCGAGUAGCAGAACACUAAUAUGUGCAGGACAGCAGGUUGUCCAGGAACAGGUCUGGUGCUGUACAAUGGUGCUGAUGAUGCAGCAGUGCCAUACAGAUGUGUGGAGCAUUGUAGUUCUAAAAAUGGUCAUUAGGGGGGAAAAGCAGGAUAAACAUAAAGCUGCAUCAUUGUUUUUUUUUUGGUUGUACUGAAAAAGCCUAAACUUUAUAGAAUACAUCAACGCUGUGACUGAUAUAAAUGAGUUGACUGGACAAUCCAUCAUUUUUUCCCCCUAGAUUAUUACAACACUGAUAAUUUUGCUUUGUUUUUAGGAACUAUGUAUUUACUUUCUUACAUACAUGAAAUGGAUCUUCUUCCUCCAACAUAAUGUCACACUAGUAUAUUUAGUUAUGUUGAGUUAUCUCUAACACACUUCCCUAUUCAUCUGCUGUGAUUGAUAUGCCAAGAUGACAAGUGGGAUAUUUUGUAGAACUCUUGACAUAUCAAAAUAAAUUAAACUUUAUAUCACAGGA